UUUCAAAUAAGAUUAUCAUAUAAAAGUUCGAUCACAAAUUGUGAGCGUCGUAUGCUCACUAUGUCUUUUCUUUUUCUCACCCAACCGUUAAAAAAACACAGACAAACGAAAAUUCAUUCAAUUUAUGUUGGAUCAAAUCAUUUUCGUUCUUCGAUUUUGAAUCUCUCAUUUCUCACGCAAAUAGUGGCCUUUUUGUUGCCCAUGAUUUUGCUUCGAAUCAUCAAGAAACUGUAGCUGUAUUUGAUCCGUAGUUUCGCAAUUUUGUAUAUAUGUUCUCUUUGUAUUGAUUUUUGAUCUAUUCGUUAGGGUUUUACUUCGAAAUUUCGAUCCAAUUGUGAAGGCUUGGUGGUUCGAUCGUUGUCAUGAAUACUCGAGGACGAUAUCCGCCGGGGAUCGGCGGUGGAGGUGGCCGCGGUGGGAGCCUAAACGUAAACCUUAAUUUUCAUCCGAGAAAUUUUCAGCAACAGUAUGUGCAGAGGGGUCCAAUGCAGAACCAUCAUCAACAGUUUCAGAGCCAACAACAGCACCAGCAACACCAACAGCAUCAGCAACCACAGUGGCUAAGGAGGAACCAAUUGGGGGCGGAGUUGAGUGUUGACGAAGUUGAAAAGACCGUACAGUCGGAGGCUGUUGAUUCCAGUUCACAAGAUUGGAAGGCAAGGUUAAAGAUUCCACCAGCUGAUACUCGGUACAGGACUGAGGAUGUGACAGCCACUAAAGGAAAUGAAUUCGAAGAUUAUUUUCUAAAGCGCGACCUACUGAUGGGAAUAUAUGAGAAAGGGUUUGAAAGACCAUCUCCUAUUCAGGAGGAAAGUAUUCCAAUUGCUCUAACUGGAAGUGAUAUUCUUGCGAGGGCUAAAAAUGGAACUGGAAAAACUGCUGCCUUUUGUAUUCCUGCCUUAGAGAAAAUUGAUCAAGAUAACAAUGUUAUUCAAGUUGUUAUACUUGUUCCAACAAGAGAAUUGGCUCUGCAGACAUCCCAAGUUUGUAAGGAGCUUGGGAAGUACUUGAAUAUUCAGGUCAUGGUUACCACCGGUGGAACCAGCUUAAAAGAAGACAUAAUGCGUUUGUAUCAACCUGUUCAUCUGCUCGUUGGAACUCCUGGAAGAAUACUAGAUCUUGCGAAAAAGGGUGUUUGCAUUUUGAAAGAUUGCUCCAUGCUUGUCAUGGAUGAGGCUGAUAAACUGUUGUCUCCAGAGUUCCGUCCAUCAUUGGAUCAGCUGAUUCAUUUUUUACCUGUGAAUCGACAAAUUUUGAUGUUUUCAGCCACAUUUCCUGUUACAGUUAAGGAUUUUAAAGAUAGAUAUCUGCAUAGGCCCUAUGUUAUCAACCUAAUGGAUGAGCUCACUCUCAAGGGUAUUACACAAUUUUAUGCUUUUGUUGAAGAAAGACAGAAAGUCCACUGCCUAAACACUCUUUUCUCAAAGCUUCAAAUCAACCAAUCAAUCAUUUUCUGCAAUUCGGUGAAUCGAGUAGAACUACUGGCCAAGAAAAUUACAGAACUUGGUUAUUCUUGCUUCUACAUUCAUGCAAAGAUGCUUCAAGAUCACCGCAACAGAGUAUUUCAUGAUUUUCGUAACGGUGCCUGCAGGAAUCUUGUUUGUACAGAUCUGUUUACAAGGGGGAUAGACAUUCAAGCAGUCAAUGUUGUGAUUAAUUUUGAUUUUCCUAAGAAUUCAGAAACUUAUCUGCACAGGGUCGGUCGAUCUGGGAGGUUUGGACACCUUGGGCUAGCAGUGAAUUUGAUCACUUAUGAGGACCGUUUCAACUUGUAUAGGAUUGAGCAAGAACUUGGAACUGAGAUUAAACAAAUUCCUCCACAUAUAGAUCAGGGUAUUUACUGCCGGUGACCGGUGUAAAAAUGGAUUGAUGGGGCUGAUGAUUCAAGACGGGUACGUAACUCAGCAUCAGAGAGUGCACUCUGCAAAUGAGGCUGGUUUCAUGAAAGGCUUCUGUUGGUUCUACAGAUUCCAAAUACUUGGAGUGCUUUUCUUAGAUUUCUGGCUUUUCAUAGUCCUGAAACUCACACAGGACCCGGAGAUUUCUAGAGUGGCAUAUAGUCCCAGAUUGAUGCUGGGUUCACUUAACAGUUGCCUUUGAUUUCAUUAACCAACUGGUCUGGUAAAAUAUUCACGGUUUACUGGUUUGUUGCUGCUGAAUAGUACGUAUAUGCUUUGAGCAUGAAAUUCAUGCCCUUCUUCCUUGUUCACUUUUCUAAUUCUAUCCCUGUAUUUUGAUGUCGGAAGCAUCAAUUUAUGGUUGAUCUUUUACAA